AUGGACGCCGAACUCGUCAGGGUAGACCCCCCUCAUACCUUUCCCGCUCUCACCUCCUCGUCCUCCAAAGCACGUCAUAUCUCUGCAUCAAACUCAAACUCCGCCAACCAAGCUCUUCCGGAAACCACCUUUCCCUUGGCCAUGCCUUCCAACCCUUCCCCGAACUCGGAAUCGGACCCCCCACCACCAGGCCUGUCCAUCCUCCAUUCUCUCGACCUAGAGGAGAUCGACCCGACGGUCUUCCGGUCGGUCGCUGAUAGCUUGUGGAUACCGGCGGGUGCGAGAGGCGCUUUCGGAGGGCAGGUCAUCGGGCAGGCUCUGAACGCUGCGACGAAGACGGUUGGGAGUGGUGCAGAAGGCAAGAGGUGGGGUUUGCAUAGUCAGCAUUGUUACUUCCUCCUUCCAGUGGUCGCGAGUGACCCUAUUAUCUAUCGGGUUGAGAAGCUCCGGGAUGUCAUGUUGACGCUUUGGGGUGCAGGUCGGUCUUACGUGACCAGACAAGUCACAGCUACCCAAAAGGGCAUCCCCGUCUUCAUCCUCUCUUGCUCCUUUACCCUGCCUCCGCCCGUCACGGCACCACAACCGUCCUUCAGCGUGCCCAUGCCACUAAACGUCCCCGGUCCAGAGGAGUGCGAGGCAGAGGAAGACAAGUGGGAGCGGGUCUUGAGGGAACGGAAAGAGGCCGGGAGGGAGGUCAAGGGGGAUGCUCUGAGAGGAUUGAUGGCCUAUAUCCGGGAGCGAAAAGAAUCUCCGAUCGCGCUCAAAGAGAUCCCACGGACGGCCCGGAUGAAGUUUCCGACGAUCGCCGGCCAACAACUCGACGAGGCUGACGAACGGGCGAUGCAGGUGCACGAGCGGAUGUUGUGGAUGCGGACGAGGGAUCAGACGGUGGCUGGGGAGGAGAGUAACAUGCAAAAGUGCAUCUUGGCGUACAUCUCCGACUUUCAGUUUGUAGGUUCAGCAGCGCAGAGCGUCGGGUUGUCGCAUACGAGCUCUCCACGUUUAGGCAUGCUGGCCUCGCUGGACCACGUCGUCUACUGGUACUCGACGACGUUCAAGACAUCCGACUGGUUGUUGCACGUCAUCACCGCCCCGAGGACGGGCGACGGUAGAGGGGUCGUCGAGGGCAAGUUUUACACGCAAGAGGGAGAGUUGAUCGCGGUGACCGUUCAGGAGGGGGUCGUGCGUGCCGCUCCGCAGAGUGACAAGGACCGGGCCAAGUUGUAG